AUCUAAGUGCAAUAAGUAGUCAUAGCCGCGCGCGAAAUUGUCGCGAUGGUCGCGAUUCUGUCAAGAGAAGACAAGUUGAGGAAGUAGCAGUCGUUGGCACGCGGAAGAAAUGGGACGGACGAUUUAUGCUGAGAAACACCUUCGCACAUAUCUAGCGUCUCUAGCGAAGCCCGAUGGAUACGUGAUAGGAUUGAUUUUAGGACAGAGUUCUGGGCAAAAGGACUAUAUAGUCCAUCUAGCGAAGACACCACCUCCUCUCGGCAAGAACGUCGUGGAGGAAACAUUAAUCGGUUCCACAGCGCCCGCAGAACAGGAUGCGGCGAAUACAUAUAUAAGAUCUGUGAAAGAUAUACCUAUGAGCUGGGUCGCUGAUCACGCCAAACAUGUUACAAGAAUGCUGCCUGGUGGAAUGUGGGUGCUCGGCAUAUUUAUUGUCGGCCCCGAGGACACUUUAGACAAUACCAGCAAUGUACAAAAGCUUAAGUCGGUUCUUGGCGCAAUUCACAAAACUUUGUCGUGGAAUAACAAGUACCUCUGCGGAAAUAAUCAGGAUGAGAAGCUUAUAUUAAGUUUUAACAGCGUUACCCAAAAAUGUAUCUGCAAGUCGAUAGACAUUGCCAAGGACAGUAUGUUGAAACCAGCCGAUUGGAAAUUCCAAGAAAAAGCCACCAAGUGGUAUCAACUUGAAGCCCUAGUAGAUUUCGACAGAUUGUAUCUCAGUGCCGCGGACAAGGAUCCUGAUACGCUCAAGAAGCAAUUGCAGAACAUUUUGACAAACGUGGCAGAUUUAAUCGAGUCUUCGCUCGUUGUUAUCGAGGGAGAGGUCAGAUCUCCGGAUGACUCCUUGGAAACGCUCGGCAAGGCAAAGAAGAGUAGCAAGGAGUGCAAAAGUAAGACAAACGAGAGCAGUAAUUCACUUCAAGUUAGCCUAUAUACUCCCUGUCAAGAUAACGGUAAUGUGGAUGUAAGAACAACGUCGUGCAGCGCACUGAUCCGAUUGAUUGGACAAUUAGUCAGUAGAACGUUUGUACAUCAGAAAGCCAGUGUCGCAGAGGCCAAUACGGCUGUGAAAGAAGACAUAGUGAGAUCGCUGGCGAGCAGACUGGAAAUGCAUUGGGAUAGUUUGAUAGAGGAGGAAAACGGUUCUCCCGAAGAGAACAUCACGUUGCACGAGCCACCGAGACGGGUUUUAAUAGCAUUACCGGAUAAUAAAGUCACGUUAUCGGAUUAUCUGUUUCCUGGUGAAGGACCGCAAGAGGCCUUAUUGUCGUUGCAGGAACUUCUCGAUCUUGAGGUGCACGAAAGCCAGGUUCAAAAAGAAGUCGAGCUACAGGCUGACCCUACGGAAUUCUACUGCCAAAGCGACGUCAAUACUAAACAGUUGGACAAUAAUACCGAUACAACCGGAAAUUACCAAAUGGCCGUUUAUCUUGCCGGUUUAAGCGUUGCGUUUAUCAUAUUAUUGGUAGCUGUCCUCGUGCACCAACUCAUGAUUUAAUGUAUGUAUUUGCGUUUUAUUCAUAGCACACGCGAAAUAUAGCAGUUUGUUUAUAUUACUUGUAAUAUACAGUGUCCAUUUUUUAAGUAUAGUAAUAUGUAUUUUAAAAUUAUGUAAAUUUUGAUGUAAAAAUUUUAGAUUGUUUAAUAUACUCGUUUUGAAAGUUGA